AUGGACUUCAACGAUCUUCAUCCUUCUGACGAUUACAGUCACAGGUUUUUUAUCUGGCAUGAAUGGAUCCAGGCGAACGGUCCUCUCACAUCGGACAACGUUUUUGAUUACUUUGCUACCUCAAUGUUCUAUGACAAGCAGAGCAACAAUCAGGUCUUGCGCAUGCAAACUAUGCACACAGGCGUGCCCAUCGUAAACGAAUCAGAAGAACUCAAACGCUUCACCGGCAUCGAGUUUGCCCUUGUGCAUGCGCAACCACCUUCGUUAUUUAUUAUUCAUAAAAGAGAACGUUUAUCCCCUGAGGAAGUCCGUCCUCUUGCUGCUUAUUUUAUCAUGAACAACCGGAUAUAUCGUUCACCAGACGUCUACGGCGUUCUCUCCAAUCGUCUGCUUACUUCUCUAUACGCUUUGCAGUCCUCUUUAGAUAUACUGCGCAUCAACCGACCUGACUACACCCCUCGCACGGGAUUUAUCUGGCCAAUCACGGACCAGACUAUGUCUGAUGAUACUAGCAAGAAAUGGGGUGCAGAAGAUACCUCAACUGCUGCGGGCGAAACAGAGAUUUCUACGUCCCAGCCGGAAAGUCAGAAACCCGCUUCAACGGCCAGUGGACCAAAAAAGCAACAGAACAACAUGUUAAUGUAUAACGCAAUGAGGUCUACUGCGUUUCACUCAAAAAUUUCCUUCUCUUCCUCUGCUUCUGCCAGAGAUGGAGAGAGUGUCCCCCCCGAGUCCCUAGGGAUACGCUCCUCGGCUACACCUGCACCUGCGGUGACCAGAGCGGCAACCCCAGCCAGCGGUCCCACACCUCAAGACGCAUUUCCAACGAAGAGUGCUCCUGGUGCGGGUAAAAAGAAGAAAAAGCGUACCCUGUUGGCUCCCGCAGUAAAUUAA